CGCGCCGUAAGAGCCCCCUUGUCCUUGGUGAAAGGGUGAAACGCAGAAUGAGGGGGGCAACAAAAGCGAGACACGACGGACUGUGCUUUUAAGAGACUCGGCAAGACUAUAUAACACGUUUUGGUUUUUUUUUUUUCAUUCAUUGUGUGCUGCUCAACUUGAAAAGGCAGUCACGGGCGGGCAGAGAGAGCGAGAGAGAGAGAGUAAGAGAGAGAGAGAGUGAUUGGGGGACCGGCUACUCACUUAUACGAAUAUAUCCCGCUUCAUUCAGUCAGAACACUGCCCUCUGUUUGGGCACGCGAGGUGACUCGGAGAAAAGUCAGGAAAGGAAUUAUUGUUGAAGUUCACUUCGCGGCACCGUAGGGCUGUUCUGUCUCACUUUGUUUUUUUGUUUUGUAGAAUUUGUUUCACGUUUUUAUACACAUUUACACCGCGCGCUAUUUUAAGUGACUGUUAUUCUAAUGUGUCCGCGCGUUUAUUAAUUUAAUAGUUGUUGAUUAACGGGAUGCUCAUCCCUGCAGUGAGCUCCAGGUCGGGACUUUGAUGAGCGCUCUCCUAGCUUCUGCACUUAAUCAAAUACAACCCAUCUGUUUUUUUCCACUGGAGUACGCUUUUUUUGCGAAAUCUUUUUGGGCAGCUGGUCUGCCAUUGACGCCGCGGAAAUGGAAGCGUGUCGGGGGGACGGCGUGACCGCGCUCUGCCGAAAAAGUUUCCGCUGGAUUGUGCUGGUUCUGUGGCUUACCUCCGGGGCUAGCGGGACCUGGGGAACCGGACUCUAUAAGUACCAAACCGGAACGCAACUACACAAAGAGCCAUCCGGAGGGUCAGGAGCUCUCUAUCAAAGAAGGAACUGGUGUCCUCACUCGGUGACGAAGACGGUGACGUGCCAGGUGCAGAACGGGACGGUGCUGCAGCGGGUUUACCAAAACUGCCGCUGGCCCCAGGGCUGCUCUGGAGGCAGCUACCGCACGGUGGUCCGGCCGUCGUAUAAGGUGGCGUACCGGACCGUCACCGCCCUGGAGUGGAAGUGUUGCCCCGGUUACCGCGGGCCCCACUGCGACGAAGACACGAGCGGCCAUCUUGUGGCCCAGGAGGCAGUGAGGAAGCAGGCCACCCUGCGUCGCCCGGCAACCCGCCCGGCGGAACAGCUCUCCGCCUGUCUGAACUGCAGCCGGAUGGCCGAGCUGACAAACAGGCUGAGCUCACUCGAGGUGAAGGUCCAGCUCCUCGCCGCUCCUGCCUCCACGUCUCAUCGCCACCUGCAGGGCGACGGUGGAACUGCGGGCCGGUUGUUGGGAGCGGUGCCCGCCAAGGGUGCGCCCGGAGCCCAGGGCCCUAUGGGUCCUCAGGGUGAAAGGGGGAGGGACGGCAGCCCCGGGCCUGAAGGAAAGUCGGGGUCCAGGGGCCUCCCGGGACCCAGCGGCCCCAGGGGGGACCCCGGCUCGAGAGGCCCCUCGGGGGCCCCCGGACCAAGAGGGACCCCCGGCCCGGCAGGCCCCCUGGGUCCACGCGGGCUUCCCGGGGAGAGAGGACGACCAGGCCCCCCCGGCCCCCCCGGGCCCCCGGGACCCCCGGCCCCCGCCGGCGCCCGUAUCCCAGACCUGGGAGCGUCUCCGGACCGAGGCCAGACCGGAGACCCCUUCCUCUCCAACACCUUCCUCGACUCGCAGGGUGUCCCAGUGCAAGGGCCAGCGGGCCCCCCCGGACCCCCUGGGCCACCGGGUCCUGUGGGGCCAUCGGGACCUGCCGGUCCGCCGGGACUGAACGGCAAGCCAGGGGUCCCUGGCGUUCGGGGUCCCGCGGGCCCCAAGGGGGAGCGAGGGGAGAGGGGUCCUCUGGGGUAUCCGGGGGAACGCGGGUUCCAAGGCGAGUCGGGUGCACCGGGACCGAAGGGCGAGCCGGGGGAGAAAGGACUGCCGAAAAUAUUGGACGGGGACGGGAUACACCAGAUACGAGAGGCGCUGAAGAUCUUAGCCGAGAGGGUUUUAAUCCUCGAGACUAUGAUCGGUAUCCAUGAGACGGAGCCCGACGGCUCGGGGGACGGGCUGUACGGCACCACGCCGCCCGGGUACUACCGGGACAAGCGGGCGGGCGUGCCCCCACCCCGGGCGACCCUCCCGCUCAGCCGCGACGCCAAGGAGCUGGGCAAGUAGCCCAAAAUCCAACCAGAGCUCCGAGAGAAACGUCCUAAGUGGGGGUGGGGUGGGG